AUGAAUAACCAAGGCAACGCGAACAUCGGAGGAAAUGAGAACAACGAAAACCUGAAUCAUGACAUCCCUCAACAUCUCCUCGAACACAUUCCAUGGCCUCGGGACGUGUCAUUCAGAAUGACCGAUAGACAAUUAGAGCUGGUGUACAUUACGUGGGCUGCCGCGCGAAUGCACGUGCGCCAACAAGUCUACCGUCCGGACUUACCGUUCGCUCCCAACCCGUUGCCUCCAGUCUGGCCAGAAGAACUAUGCGUGAAGAUGGUCCUGUGGAUUGCGAGGGAGCAUAGGAUGUUCGAGAUGGAGGGCUCAGAGGUGCGCAUUAGCGCUGAUAGACUGCGUAUGGAUGAAGAAGAGCGAAGGAACUGGGAGGGACCGGUUGGCGCAGAGGAAGUGGAUGGUGCAUCCGUAGAUUCAGGCAUUGGAGUAGUCGAGAUUAAGGUGCAACUAAGGUCUCUGUCGAUAGAAUCUGCAGAUGAUGCAAGGAACAAUGUGGAUGGUGCUGAAGCUGGCUCGCUGACGGGAUUGAGGCAAGCCAUGCUUUCUUGGACAGCUUCGAUGCGACCUUGA